AUGACUGCUGUAUUGAGGGAAGAUAGUAGGAAUGUGAGUGUUCUGGAUGUUGUAGAAGCAGUAAAGAAGAUAGAUGUGGGACCAGUUAUCUCUCCACAGUGGUCAUGUCAUUUUCAAUUAUUGUUCAGGUUGAUUCCUUGUAUUUGUCUCAUCAUUGUAGGUGCUUCAUCGCGAAUUGCAUUUGGACCUGGAAGUUCCUCGCUAGCAAGGUCAUUUUCCAGAGGUCCUUUUUCUGGAAACCAAUAUCAAGAUGGUUUUGGAGCAUCAGCCCCAAAGAUAGAAAAAGAAUAUUUUGAGCCUUGGGAUUACAGUCAUUCGUAUUAUCCCGUUACUCUUCCUCUCAGGAGGCCCUACUCAGGGAACCCAGAAAUUCUUGAUGAGGAGGAGUUUGGAGAGGCUUCUGCAAGGUCAGGUCUAGAUGAAGCUGAGAUCAAUCCAGCUGAGGAGCUUGGACUGAUGAAAAAGAGGGAAGAACCACAAAUGCUUUUUUUCCAAAUGCCUACAACUCUUCCAAUGGUGAAGUCGGCCGCAGAAGCAGACACCAAAGAUAAUAUUCGCAAAAUUGACCAUGCAUUGAAGGGAUGCAAAUUGGAAGAGCUUCCAGCAGGCUACAUGGGAAAAUUAAUGGUGUACAAGAGUGGGAAAGUUAAGAUGAAGCUAGGAGAUGCGCUCUUUGAUGUUUCUCCCGGCGUGGACUGUGUAUUUGCCCAAGAUGUUGCAGCAAUUAAUACUAAGGAGAAACACUGCUGCAUCCUAGGGGAGAUUGACAAGCAUGCAGUGGAUGCAGCAUUGUUAUGGGGAAGGAUGAUUAAAUUUGAAAGGAAAUUCCUCUGCAAACUAGAGGGAACCUGAACAUGGAAAACAACUCCAUGAUAAAAUGCUAUAUCUACAUUGACACCAAAAGAGCAGUGAGAAUUAGCUGCAGUGUGUUGCUAUAUUUCGUGAAUUGCACCUCCAUGUGGACUGAGAUUGCCAAGACAUAGUCACCUGAAACUUGGUUGAUUCUAGGAGACAUUGUUAUCUAUAGUUGGAGUUGGCAAAGGCAUAGCUGGUGACUUGACAUGAAUUAGUGCUUUCUCCUCACUCUGUGUGCGGCGAAGUCAACGCCUUGUAUAAAUAUUCGUAGCUGUGCAUGGCAUAUUCGACGGGCAUUAAACAAAGCUAACUAUAUAAUAGAUCAGCUCAAUGGCAAACGUAGUCUGGGGUCUAUUCGGGGAAACUUUGUUGAUCAUCGACUUGUUUAAAUCUGACCUGCUUGCAUAGAAGAAUUAAUUGAUACUCCGGUAGUCGAACCCCUCUGAACCCCUGAUUCUACGUUUGCAUGUGAGGUGGUGCAUUUUAAGUUUUUGAGCAUGGAUAAUUUUUUUUUGGAAGGAGGUUGGAUAAUUAUUGUACGGAUGGGCAAUCAAUAAGAUUCAAAAAGUUUUAUGGUAUACUUUA